GCAAACAAAGGUGCACAUUUUAGCUUACAUUCUUUAUGAGCUGUCAAAAUGCAUGGACUAACGAUGAAUCGUCACUCAAGCUUCCAACGCCUGCUCCUCCUUCUCCUGAUCCUCCUGAAAAGCCGUUCUUUUGCAAUUGUUUGCUACCACUGCGAUUCCAUUGCCCUGCCGGAAUGUUCCCAGACCCUCGGAGAAGUGGGAGUUCUUCCCUACAAGGAGUGCCCCACCGAGCUGACGUGUGCCAUGUCCAUUGUGGACUCCAUCACAUACCGCGGCUGUGGAGCAGAAACCCCCAUCGCAGGAGCAGCUUACUCAAAAACUUGCUCAUCUAACCUGUGCAAUGCGGGUGUCUAUCCGCCGGGACGACUUAAAUGUCAUCAUUGCGCUGGACAGGAAUGCGUGGCGGCUCCAGCAGCUAAGCCAAAACCCUGUCGCUAUCAUUUGGAAGAGGAUCAGUGCUACACGGAUGUUAUAAGUUCUUCAGAGGCGUACAGGGGCUGUGUCUCCGAGCAGAAUCACACGCUGUCCAAUGCCGCCAAGCUGUGUGACAUCAAUGGCUGUAAUGAAGACCAAGGUGCUUGGAUCCAAGUCUGCGCCACCUGCGAUUCAGCAAACAGCAGAGGCUGCAAGAUAGAUCUCUUUCAGGUCAACACCGGCAGGUGCAAUGUAAGCCUAUACGAAGAAUGCCAGCAGGAUGUUCUUUUGGGUGAGCAGGAGGACAAGUACUGCUUCAGCUUCCGAAGAUUGAGCCGCGUGGUCAGAGGCUGCUCUACUAAAAUGCCAUCAGACCUCGAGCCGUAUGUAGAGCAGCUGGAAAAGUGUAGAUCCGGUGGCCAUUGCAACGCUGGCUGCAUUGCGCAGCAGAAGUGCUUAACAUGCAACUCCGCGGAUCAGGAACUUUGCCGGACAAAUAUUACCUCUAUAGCUAAUAGCACUUGUAGCUCCGCUGAAGCCUCUUCCUGUUUCUCCUGUGAGUACUCAAACUGGAGUAUUCAACGGGGCUGUGGAGCACCGCCGACCAAUCCUCAAAUCACCAAGUGCUAUGAAUGCGAUGAUGGCGCUGGGUGUAAUAUAAAGGAUUUCACCCGGUGCUAUCAAUGCAGCACGGAGCAAGCUGGAGCAGGCUGUGCAAAUUGGGAAAGACCUGGCGAGAUAUACAUAGAAGAAUGCGCUGAGCCAGGUGCACCAUGUGUGGUGGUUUCCUAUAAUAACGGCACCACUGCUAGAGGUUGCCAAAAAUCGGACUUCAGCUGUACUUCCUCAAAUGUGGCCAGUUGUCGAACAUGCGAAGGAAGUUUCUGCAACAAGGGACCAUUUCCGGAGGAGCGCCUUUGGUGUCAUCAGUGUAGGGGAGUGCAGGACUGUGAGGAGAUCUCCAGGGGACAAACAGCUUUGCCUUGUCCUCUUCGAGGAAAUGAGCCUGAGCAUGAGGAAUUGGCCUGCUUGGAGUACUUUGACAUCAACAGUAAAGAAAUUGUAAGAGGAUGCCGUUCCAAUUCCGAGCUAUACUAUGAAUGCCUUUUAAAGAGCAACCAUCUCGACAGUUGUCGCACAUGUCACAGUCAGGCAUGCAAUAAUAGUCCUGGCCAGGACUUAAGAGCUGCUUAUGAUCUGGAGACCAAGGCUUUGUCCUUGUUACAAGGCAAGAGUUCCGCAAUAUCCAUCAAAAUUGCAAAUGUUGGUUACGGAAUUUGGUUGUUGCUAAGCGCAAGCUAUCUUUUGAAUUAAAAUAGGAGUUUUU